UUUGAUGUAAUGGGUCCCUCUAAAAGUUGCUGUAAAUGUAGUUUUGUAAAUUAAUGUGCAUUUUAUUGUGAGGAAAAUGGGUUAAAAGUACUCUUGUAAAUUAUUUUGCAUUUUUGUUUGAGGAAAAUGGGUCUUGAUUCAAUGCAUUGUGGGGGCUCUUUUUCAUGUUUUAAUGAGGGUUUUUGCAGCUGCUGCACUUUUGUUUGUUUAAACUUUGAGGUCAUUGUUGAUAAAAGCGUCCCCCUUAUUUGCAUUUUUCUGAUGUUUUUCUAAAGGAAAAGUAAUUUUUUUUUCCUUCAUGUCGAUUGGUUUUGGGGAAAUGUUUCCCCACGUCAUGGUCCCCUCCCAUCGCUUCCUGUUUUCUUUGAUACAUAUGAGGUUAAUGCAAUUGGCUCGUUACUCUUUUAGGGCAUUACCAAAUGGAAAAUGUGGUUUUGAUAAAUUUUUGCUUCUUCUUCUCUGAUAUCCAGAGCUUUUGAUUUUGGUGGUUAACACAUGCUUUUGUUGCUUGUCUUUUGAUGACCAUAGAAGAAUGGUUGUGGUUUGAACAGAUGUAGUAGCUGUGAUAAUUGAUGCAAGCUUUGAAUGGUUGGAAUAAAAUAUGGAGAAAAGGAGCUGGCUUUGGAAGAGGAAGUCUUCUGAUAAAACUCCUGCGGAUACCGAGAGUUCGGGCUCCUUAUCUUCUCACUCUGAAAGAUUUUCUGAUGAGCAGGAGGUAUUGCGUCCUUCGCCUUUUCAUGCUCAGACGAAGGAUGAGGGGCAUGAAACCAAUGAGAGUGUAAAGGCUUUAAGUGAGAAGUUAUCAGCUGCUCUCUUGAACAUCAGUGCUAAAGAGGACUUGGUCAAUCAACAUGCCAAAGUUGCAGAAGAGGCUGUAUCAGGUUGGGAGAAGGCUGAAAAUGAAGCUGCAACCUUGAAACAACAACUUGAUGCAGCAACCCUACAAAACUCAGCCCUCGAAGAGAGAGUGAGCCAUCUCGAUGGCGCCCUCAAGGAGUGUGUAAGGCAGUUACGUCAAGCACGUGAAGAGAGGGAGCAAGCCAUCCAUGAAGCUGUUAUCAAGAAAACCAGGGACUUGGAUCUCACCAAAUUUGAGCUAGAGGCUCAAAUAGCUCAUCUCAAGUCACAACUAUCAAGAACUGAACCAUCCCCUAAUGCUAACCCUAGCCUUCAAGCCAAGCUUGAUCAAGCUGAGAGAGACCGAGACUUAAGCACCCAAGCAGCUGAAAUGGCAAGCAAGCAACAUUUAGAGAGCAUAAAGAAGGUCGCAAGGCUAGAAGCUGAAUGUAGAAGACUUCGGGCCCAGGUCCACAAGGCCUCGUGGGCCCCACCGGUUUCGUCCCCAAAGGUUGGUGUUGAGUCCAUUGCCGAUAGCUACUCGGAGUCCAAUGAUGGCGAGCCAAGUGCAUCGGGCUCUUGGGCCUCGGCCCUUAUAGCCGAGCUCGACCAGUUUGGGAAGGAGAAGAGCUCGGGGACCUCAGGCUUGGGGUUGGGCCUUAAUAUCUCAAAUGUUGGGCCUAGAGAUCUCGAUCUUAUGGACGAUUUCCUUGAGAUGGAGAAGCUUGCUUCAAUGUCGGCCGCUCACGGUGGGGCCCAUGAUUCCUCAGGUCCUCCACUCAUGGGUUCAGUUGGCCCUACAAAGCCUGAAGUUGACUCCUUGUCGGAGAGGGUUAAAGGCUUAGAGGAGGAGGUUGAAAGGCUUAAGAGUGAGAAAAGUGAAUUAGAGAAGGCUUUGGCUGAAGCAGAAGAGAGGGUUGAGGUUUUGAGAAUGCAGCUUUUGGAGGCAGAGAAUGAGUUAACGAGCCUGCGAGCUCAAUUGGGCUCAGCUAAUGAGUUGAGGCAGGCUGCCAAGCUCGAGUUGGAGGUGGCAGGUGCGAGGAGAUCAGAGGCUGAGGAGAGGCUGGAGGCUUUGAACAAGGAGAUAGGGGAGUUGUAUGAGAGGGUGGAUUCAUUGGAGUUGAGGCUUGAGGAAGAAAGGGUGUUUUCAGCUGGGGUUGAGGCGAAAUGCAGGCAACUUGAGGAGGAGCUGAAGAAGAGGAAUCGAGAUGCUGAACUCUCGACGCUUGUAAGCUCCAAUGGGAGUUUGAAAAUAAAACAGGAAAAGGAGCUUGCAGUGGCGGCUGGGAAGCUCGCAGAGUGUCAAAAAACGAUAGCCUCACUUGGGAGGCAGCUAAAAGCAUUGGCAACAGUUGAUGACUUCAUGUUUGAUGCUGGGAAGCCUGAGUUCUCUGAUGUAGACCCCAACUUGCCGUCCAACAAUGGCAGCUCAGACCUACCCAUUAUCAACGAUGGGGAGUCUCCACCUUCUUCAUCUUCCUCAUCUUCUUCAGCAAAUGAUUCAUCAGAGAAAACUCGAAAUGGGUUUGGAAGGCUUUUCUCUAGAAACCGAAGUGGCCCUCGAAAUGAAAAAUCGUAGUGUGUGCUUAAUGCCAAAUUAUGUUGGCAGACACAUUGUUUUAUUCCCAUGAAGGGAGCAAAAGUACAAAGAGAAAAAGAAAUGAAAUGAAGAACCAUUUUUCGCAAA